CGAUGAUCACAUAACUCUACUUCCAGACUUGCCGCUACGAUGUAGCGGCAUGAUUUUGGUAUCGCCUAAAACCGGAGCCUUGUGGAUCUCCAUGCUGAUCUCUGAAUAAAACAAACUGAUAUUGACAAUUAUUUGAUAAUUCACCAUGACUGCAUUUGAAGAGAUGGGCGUAUUGCCUGAGAUAGCUAAGGCAGUUGAGGAAAUGGAUUGGAUGUUACCAACUGAUGUCCAAGCUGAGGCUAUUCCAUUAAUUCUGGGUGGUGGCGAUGUUCUUAUGGCAGCAGAAACUGGCAGUGGUAAAACUGGUGCCUUUUGUCUGCCUAUCUUGCAAACUGUGUGGGAAACAUUGAAGGAUAUAGAGUCUGGAAAAGGAAUGGGGACAGGAAAGAGUGUACAAACAUCUCCUCAUUGGAGCCUCAGCCUCUUUGAUAGAGGAAGAGCUCUAGCUGUAACUCCUGAUGGUCUAAGAUGCCAGAGUCGAGAACAAAAAGAAUGGCAUGGGUGCCGCGCAAAUAAAGGAGUUCAAGGAGAGGGGAAAUAUUACUACGAGGCAACUGUUACUGAUGAAGGACUAUGUCGUGUUGGCUGGUCGACCAGUCAAGCAAACUUGGAUUUAGGAACUGAUAAGUUUGGUUGGGGUUUUGGUGGUACAGGAAAAAAGUCUAAUGCCAGACAAUUCGACGAUUACGGCGAGGCUUUUGGAAUGCACGACGUCAUAGGCUGCCUUUUAGAUCUCACAAAUGGCCAGAUAAAAUUCACUAAAAAUGGCGUUGAUCUCGGUGUUGCGUUCACUCUAAAUGCCCAACAGAAGUCUCAAACUUUCUAUCCUGCAGUUGUUCUCAAGAAUGCAGAAAUGUCUUUUAAUUUUGGAGCACAGUCUUUCAAAUAUGAACCACCUAAGGGUUAUGUGGCUCUUGCUUCCGUAUCAAAGGAUCACAUCCGUCAUAAUCCUAUCAAUAGCAGUCACGACUCAGCAUCCAGUGGUAAAUCAAUGAGCAAUGCUCCUCAAGCCAUUGUGAUCGAACCAUCCAGAGAGCUUGCAGAGCAGACUUAUAAUCAGAUACAAAAGUUCAAGGCACACUUGAAAGAUCCGAAAAUUCGAGAAUUAUUGGUUGUCGGUGGAGUCAAUGUAAAGGAUCAGAUUUCUGCGUUGAAUUCUGGAGUGGAUAUAGUUGUAGGUACUCCGGGACGUUUAGAGGAUCUUAUUCAUGGUGGAUACCUAUCACUAACUCAUUGUAGAUUUUUCGUACUGGAUGAGGCAGAUGGUCUACUAAAGCAGGGAUACGGAGAAUUGAUUGAAAAAUUGCACAGACAAAUUCCAAAAAUCACUAGUGAUGGUAAAAGGUUGCAAAUGAUUGUUUGCUCAGCAACUCUUCAUGCUUUUGAAGUGAAGAAAAUGGCGGAACGUCUAAUGCAUUUUCCCACGUGGGUAGAUCUGAAGGGUGAGGAUGCCGUACCAGAAACCGUUCAUCACGUGGUGGUUAUGGUAGAUCCGCAAAGUGACAAAUCCUGGCAAAAUUUAAAACACCACAUACAAACUGACGGAGUUCAUUACAGAGACAAUGUGAAGCCAGGAAACAACACUGCUGAGACCCUUUCGGAAGCUGUAAAGAUCCUAAAAGGCGAGUACUGCGUACGGGCAAUAAGGGAGCACAAAAUGGAUCGCGCGCUAAUCUUUUGUCGCACCAAGCUCGACUGCGACAACCUUGAGCGUUACUUGAAGAGCCUAAACAGCGGUGAAUUCACUUGCGUCUGUCUUCACGGAGACCGGAAGCCCCAGGAGCGCAAGGCAAAUUUGGAAAAGUUUAAGAAUCAAGAAGUUAAAUUUCUAAUCUGCACUGACGUUGCAGCCAGAGGACUAGACAUUAGUGGCUUGCCAUUCAUGAUCAACAUGACAUUGCCUGAUGAGAAAUCAAACUACGUUCAUCGCAUAGGCAGAGUGGGAAGAGCCGAGCGUAUGGGAUUGGCAAUAUCAUUAGUGAGUACAGUCCCAGAAAAAGUAUGGUACCACGGCGAAUGGUGUUCAUCGCGUGGUCGCAACUGCAAAAAUACAAAUCUAACUGAUCAGGGAGGCUGUUGCAUCUGGUACAACGAGCUGAGAUAUUUGGCAGAAAUCGAAGAACAUCUGAACGUGACCAUCCAGCAAGUGGGUCCAGAUAUAAAGGUACCAGUAAACGAAUUCGACGGCAAAGUAGUUUACGGAGAGAAAAGGUUAAAUACAGGAUCUAAUUACGAGAAUCACGUAUCCCAAAUGGCGCCGAUUGUUUCGGAACUUGCAGACUUGGAGUCCAAAGCGCAAUUAAUGUACCUAAAGAGGCACAUUACGGUCCGUUAAAUAUUUGGGAUAAAACUUGGACACGAGACACACACAAUCCUAUGAUCACCGAUUAAGAAACAUUUAAUACCGAUCGGACAUUAACGUUAAUAUUUAUUUACCAAAAGUUUAUAAGAGCUCAAUAAAGCUUCUUCGCUUGUACGUGUGGUCUGCUGUACGUAAUUGACCAAUUGUCUGUACCGAUUAAAUAAAUAAAUUGACACAGC